AUGAAGCGACUGUCGCGGUCAAUGCUAAGUGAGAGGCAGAGAUAUGCAGAACUAUUGCGGUUCUGUUCAAAAGGUUCAUUGCUUGAACAGGGGAUCCAAGUGCACGGAGCUGUAGUGGGAAUGGGUUUUGGGUGUGAUUUGAUGUUAAACAAUGACCUUAUAUCAUUGUAUGCAAAAUGUGGCAGAGUGGACUUUGCCUGCUUGGUGUUUGAUAGGAUGCCUAAAAGAAACGUGGUUUCUUGGACAGCUCUUAUGUGUGCUUACAUACAAAAUGGAAGUCCUGGAGAGUCCUUGUUUCUAUUUUCCCGUAUGGGAUUCUCCGCUGUGAAACCAAAUGAUUUCACUUUUUCGACCAGUCUUAAAGCCUGUGGUUUGUUGAAUGUUCCUGAUACCGGGAUGCAAAUUCAUGGUAUCUGUGUCAAAACUGGAUUCGAUUUAGUGAACGUGGUGGCUAACUCGAUCAUGGACAUGUAUGGAAAAUGCGGAAGAAUCAAGGAAGCUGCUGGCUUUUUUGAAGUCAUGCCUAGUAGAGAUGUUGUGACUUGGAAUGCCAUGAUAGCGGGAUACACUCUUGCAGGACUUGGAGAGAAAGCUCUGUUUUUGUUUAAAAAGAUGCAACAGGAUGCCCAACUUCCUGACGAGUUCACGUUUACAAGCACAUUGAAGGCUUGUAGUGAUCUUGGUGCAAUUACCAAAGGGACUCAAAUUCAUGCCUCCUUUAUCAUUAGUGGAUACCCAUAUACAGUCAAGACAACUAUUGCAGGUGCUCUUGUUGAUCUAUACGUGAAAUGUGGGAAGUUGUCUCAAGCUCGACAAGUGUUUGGUCAGAUUGUGGGGAAGAAUGUGAUAUCAUGGAGUGCUCUAAUUCUUGGCUAUGCUCAAGAAGGGAACUUAGAAGAGGCCAUGAAAUUAUUCAGGCAGCUUAGAGAGAGCAACAUACUAGUAGAUGGGUAUGUUCUGUCAAGCAUGUUGGGGGUAUUUGCUGAUUUAGCACUUGUAGAGCAAGGCAAGCAAAUGCAUGCAUACACCAUCAAAGUCCCGUCUGGUUUAGGCAUGUCCGUUUGCAAUUCAAUUGUGGAUAUGUAUCUUAAGUGUGGAUUGAUAGAUGAGGCAGAGAGAUUUUUUGCUGAAAUGCCUGCAAGAAACUCGAUUUCCUGGACAGCUAUGAUCACAGGCUAUGGAAAGCACGGGCGUGGGCAAGAAGCAAUUCAGCUAUUCAAUAAAAUGCAAUUAGAAACGGUAGAGCCCGAUGACGUGACUUACCUGGCUGUUCUAUUAGCCUGCAGCCAUUCUGGACUAGUUGAAGAAGGUCGAAAAUAUUUCUCAAGGCUGCGUAACGACCACCGGAUUAAAGCUAGAGUGGAGCACUACGCAUGCAUGGUUGAUCUCCUUGGUCGUUCUGGUCGCAUAAAAGAAGCCAAGGAUCUAAUAGACAGCAUGCCCUUGAAGCCCGAUGUAGGGAUAUGGCAGACUUUGCUUAGUGCUUGCAGAGUCCAUGGCGACUUGGAACUAGGGAAAGAAGUAGGUGACAUUCUUUUUAGAUUAGAUAAUGACAAUCCAGCCAACUACGUGAUGAUGUCAAACAUUUACGCAGAUGCUGGACAUUGGGAAGAGUGUGAGAGAUUAAGAGAAAUGGUGAAGACAAGGAGGUUGAAGAAAGACGCAGGGCGUAGUUGGGUUGAGAUUGACAAGGAGAUCCACUUUUUCUAUGGCGGAGAUGACCGACACCCACUUAUUGAGGAGAUACAUAGGGUCUUGAAGGAAAUGGAGAGGAAGAUGAAAGAAGAGUUGGGUUACAUUUCUGGGGUGAAAUAUGCACUGCGUGAUGUUGAGGAGGAGUCAAAAAUGGAGAACUUGAGAGUUCAUAGUGAGAAGUUAGCAAUAGGACUAGCAUUGGUUUGUGGUGGCCUGGAAGGAAGGCAGAGGGUGAUCCGUAUUUUCAAGAACUUGAGAGUUUGUGGGGAUUGUCACGAGUUCAUAAAGGGUUUAUCGAGGGUCUUGAGGGUGGUAUUUGUUGUGAGAGAUGCUAAUAGAUUCCACCGCUUUGAGGAUGGGCUGUGUUCUUGCGGAGAUUAUUGGUGA